GUUCAGCCAUUGUUUCAAAAGUGGGAUGCACUGCUCCCAAUAGGGAAAACAUAAAACAAAGAGUUAGGAAACACUCUCAGUUUUAGAUAUUAAAGCAGAAAGUACUGAAGAAUCUCAGCAAGUCCGGCUGCGUGUGUGGAGAGAGAGACAACGUUUACCUUUGAUGAAACUCAAUGAAGAAAACAACUUCGAACAACAAAUACUCUUAUGCCUCUGGCUUUCCGAAAGCUUUAUAUCAUUAACAUUUGACUAGGAGUUUCAGUCCAAGGAGUUUCGGUCGUGUGGAAGAAAAAAAUUGAAUGAUGGAAACGUUCUGUGACUCAUGCAGCCAACACCUGAAGAAUUUUAUGGAACUGAUACAGAGGGCCUCAGAAAAUCUCUUGCAGAAAAUAAAAUAUUUUUUUGCGUCCAUACAACACUGUUGCUGUCUGAAACGGAAUAAACCUGAGUCAAAGAGGUUUUACAAACCAGUUCUUCAACAACAUGAGAAAGAAGCUGCACAACAGUUUUUGCAGCAUGUAGAAGAAAGUAAAGUGAUUGACACUGAAUGUUUGGAAGCUUUGAGGACAUUAGCUGCUUCUGAAAACCCAAGUCUACAGCAAUCAGCUGCUCUCUACUACCUACACAUCAGUGAACAGCUGAAGAAUGAAUUGCCUGAAGAAUACCUGGAGCCAUAUUAUGACUUGUUACGGUCCAAUGAUCUGGAAGUGCAGAGGAAAGCUUCUCUGUCACUGGUCAAUCUCUUAGUGGAGGGUAAUGUGAACAAAGAGACAGUGGUACAGGUUGGACUGCUGGAGCCCAUAUUGGAGCUGCUUCAUUCUGGAGAUGCCACUGUACAGUGCAACUCCUGUGCAUGUGUGGCCACCUUAGCUACUUCGGUUUUAAACAGAAAUGCCAUUGCUUCUGAAGGGGCAAUUAAAUCUCUUUUGGGUCUUGCAAAGUCAUAUGAUCCCAGAGUGCAGCAAAAUGCAGCAGGUGCCAUCCUUAACCUUACAAGAUCAGAAAAUACUCAACAUUUGCUAUGUAAGGAGGGAGCUCUGCCUGUACUAAUCUUACAGCUACAAUCUCCUGAUUCCGAAGUCCAGUAUUACAGUUGUUCUGCAUUGACCAACAUCGCAUCCAAUCCACAGCAUCAUCCAAGUAUGCUUCAAAUAGGUGAUGGCAUUCUCUUCAACAUGUUACAGGGUCUUAUGUCUUCCACUGUGGUAAAGGUCUGCUGUCAAGCAUGCUACUGCCUCCGGAACUUAUUCCUAAAUGCCGACAUUCAAGAUGAUAUUGUGGCCAUGAACUACUUGCCUCAGUUACAUGAAUUGUUGAAGUUCUCCAAUAAACUUGUGAAUGAAGCAGCUCUUUCUGUUCUCAGCAUUCUAACAGAGAAUCAUUCCAACACGAGCAGUGGGAGACAGAGCAGACGUGACAUUGGGGACCAGGAGAUUGCUUGGAAGGCUGCUAUUGUGUCUGAGAAUAUCUUGAAAAUUUUGGGGAAGUUACUCUUAAUUUACAGAACCAAUCCAAGAGUCAGUAAUUAUGUUGGAAACAUAAUCCAAAAACUAGCAACAAGUAAGACUCAACAGGAUAUUAUUGACAGUCGAUGUGUUGUGGUCCUGCUUCAGGUCUUUGGGCUCCUCACAAUUCAUGAUGAAUCUUUGCUGUACGUCACGGCUUGCAUUGCUCAGCUCACAAAUAAUGAAAUAAUAAGAACACACGUAAUACAAGAAUCAGAUGCAAAUAUAGCAGCUCACCUGUUGAUGCUCUCAAGUCAGUCUGGAAAUAUCGACCUUUCCUUCCAGGCUGCUUACAUAAUCAGCCAACUUGGACAAGAUGAAAUGUUUACUCUGUUGUUGAGACCACACAUCAGGGAGAUUGUUGGUUACGUCUUACGUUUUCUCAAACACCAGGAAAUUAGAUUUCAACAUCUGGGCCUUUUAACUAUACGGAAUCUCAGAAAAGAUUCUCAUUUUGCAGCAGUGUUCAGUGAGAGGCAGUUGAUAGAGCAACUCAACAAUGUUUCUCAGCAAACAACAGAAAUACAAGACCUACUUCAAGCUGUUUUAUACCAGAAAGUGGAAAACUAAAUGCAAGAUAACUGAUGAUGACACCUAAGACCUGUGUAUCAGGGUGGUCAAAACUAAAAGAACACAAGAAAAGCAAAGUACAUUUGUCAUGACCAGGAGAGGGGUGAUGUGCCCUUUCUUUAACCCCCCUCUGUCAGUCGCCACAAAUAUUUUUUGUUUCUUUUUUCAGCACGUUACUAUUAUGCUUCAAUUAAACUUUGUGAACCAGAUCAAAAAUGAAGGAAAGGCAAUUCCAAGAUUUUCUUGAGUGAAAACGAAUAGAGUUUUACUCCCUCUCAAACACAAAAAUAAGAAAAUGUGACAUCAAAUGCAUACACACAAACCUGGAGAAUAAAGGUUUUGAGGGGGUGGGCUUGUGGAUUGUUUCCAUUCAGCCAGAAAAGUAAAGGCAGUUCCAGUUCCAGGUUUUCGACAGUCCUUGCAUUGUGAGCAUGAUACCCGAGUCACUUUUAUGCAGCUGUUCUGUUUCCUCGUGAGUGCCAAAGUGGCAGAUACCCUGACCUCUCAGUGAACACUGGUUUCUCCAAGUGGUUUUUUUACAACUGUACUUAUUUCUAAGAUUGAGAGAGGCAGAGAAGAACUUUUAGUAUCCUUGCUGUUAUCAGUCCAUGUUACUUGCGCUCAUUGCAGAUUGUGGUGUUUGUGCCGUUGUUACAUUCCAAGUUGGGUUAUAGAAACUCUUUCACCCAAGUUUUUAAAAAUCCAUUUGUAGUCCGUGCGUAUCAUUGACUGGCCAGCAUUGAUCGGCUGUCCCUAGUUGCCCAUGAGAAAGUGAUGGUGGUGAGCUGCCUUCUUGAAUCGCUACAGUCUCAGUGCUAUAGGUGGCAUCACAAUGCCUUUAGGGAGGGAAUUCCAGGAUUGUGACCCAAUGACAGUGAAAGAACAAUGAUAUAUUUCCAAGGUGGGUGAGUGGCUUGAAGGGGAAGGUGGUGUAGGUGUAUUCCCAUGUGUUUGCUGCUCUUGUCCUUCUAGAUGGAAGUGGUCAUGAGUUUGGAAGGUGCUAAGCAUCUUUGGUGGAUUUCUUUAGUGCACCUUGCAAAUCAGAGACACUGGUUAUUUGGAGUACAUGGAGUGGUUAUUUGUGGGUGUGGUGCCAAUUAAGUAGGCUGCAUUGUCCUGGAUGGUGUCAGUGUCGUUGGAGCUUUACUCAUCCAAGCAAAUGAGGAGUAUUCCAUCACACUUCUGACUUGAGUCUGGUAGAUGGACAGGCUUUGGGGACUCAGGAGGUGAGUUACUCAUUGCUGAAUUUGCUAGCCCCUAACCAGCCCUUAUAGCUACUGUAUUUAUGUGGCAAGUCCAGGUGAGUUUCUAAUCAAUGGCCACCCCAAGGAUGUUGAUAGUGGG